AUCAGGGAUUUUGAUGUAAACCUCAAAAAAUGACCCAGCUCUAUUUUUCUCCAUUUCUUCUGUCAUCUCUUCCUCAUACAGCAAAAUCGCCCUAAAACCUUCCGGCGGAGGAAUAUGGCGAGCUCUCUGCAACGACUCGUGAAUCCUGCCCGUCGCGUUUAUGGAGCCGCUUCGGUUCCCUUGUCGAGGCAUUUCUCUGCUGACUCCUUGGUCGAGAUCAAACCCGGAGAGAUCGGGAUAGUCUCCGGGAUUCCGGAUGAACACCUUCGAAGGAGGGUUGUAAUCUUUUCACCUGCUCGGACGGCCACACAACAAGGUUCUGGAAAAGUUGGAAAGUGGAAGAUCAAUUUCAUGUCAACACAGAAAUGGGAAAAUCCAUUGAUGGGUUGGACAUCCACAGGAGAUCCAUAUGCCAAUGUUGGUGAUGCUGGAUUUGGUUUUGACAGUGAAGAAGCUGCCGUAGCAUUUGCUCAGAAGCAUGGUUGGGAAUACACGGUGAAGAAACCCCACACACCGCUCUUGAAGAUUAAGGCUUAUGCAGACAACUUCAAGUGGAAGGGGCACCCUAAAACUGAGGGAAACUGAUUUUAGUCCACCCCCAAUCUUUCUUUUGUACUCCUCAGGGCCUUUCUUUGUUUCUUUCUAUAUGGAGCUGGCGGUCUUGUGUCAGCGGAGAAAUAUGAACUCUUCUACUUCAAUAAUUAUCAUGGGAUGGGAAUUGGAUGGGUAUGUCUGUAAAUGCCCAUGCUGAUCAAUACAACGAAUUAUUCGAAAUUGGAACGAUUAUCUGCCUUCUGUUCUGAUGUUUAA